UAUCAUUAAAAUUUGGCAUGUCGAAAGGGUCAGCUUUGGAUGACCCGCGAACAUUGUAAUUCAAGUUCAGGUCGGCGAGUUGUCUGAAAUAUCCGUGUUUCAACCCGAUCCGCCAGCCCGUGAAACGGCUAACCCACACAAAGACCUUGGCCGCAAAUUUCCCCGUCUUCUUCUUCAAGCGGUGGAAGGCUUCCCUCCACUUUUCGACAGGUUUUGAAACAUCAUCCAUGGCUGCUUUAUUGGGUGCUUUUAGGUCAAUGGCUCGCAACUCUGCAGAUAAGCUUUUCAAUAACCCUGACAUUGUCGUGGCUGUCGUGGGUGGUGGAGCCGGCCUUUUUUUGGGACAUUUCGUGGCAGCUCCUGUGUUUAAGAAGUUAUAUGGCCUUGACCGAGUGGAAAAUUUCGUCUUGACACAAAAAGAGUUUGAAGCGAAGGAGCUUUAUUGGCAAAAAAUAGCAGAAUUGAGUUGCCAAUUGGAUUCUUUAGAAGAAAAGAAGCGCCUAAGGGAAGCUGGAGGAGUUGGAAAUUCUCAGUGAUGAAGGCCGGAAUCGAUACGAUGACGUCAGCAAAUGGAAUCCAUCUAAUAGUUCUAACUGUUGCUCGUAACUGAGAAGUCUGACUUGUUUUUCAAGAAUGCGCAUGUAAUUAAGCGGCUUAUAAAUGAUUUAUGUGGUUGUAAUAUUAUAUUUUGUCGUGGGGUGCUUUCUUUGGUUUCUUGGAGAAACUCCCUCUGCGUCCAGUCCGCUCCCUCAUCUGAAAGGUUAAUGUUGGGAUUUUAGAGGCCUCAUUAAUGCUGUUGACGUUAAUGGAUUGCUGUUUUUUUUGUCUAUUCAGGCGCAUGGACAUGGCCUUCUGCUAUCCGAGACAGAGCUUUGGUUGUGUGAAUUCAUCCGAUAGAUUGGCCUUGCUUUC